UAGAACUCUGAAUCAUAGAACCUUUGUAAUGCCCCGUCCUGACUCCUCUCGUGUGAUGGGAGCAUACAGCAGUGCUGGAAGAGGCCAUGGCUACUCCGGUCUUAGCUCAGAAGAGAUUGCUGGCAUAGCUAUACUUGCUAUUAUAGCUGCUGUUGUUUUCAUUGCUGGAUGCUGGUACUUUAAAAGGCGGAAUGGCUACAAAAUACUUGGGAGCCAAGCUGCAAUAAGAUUGUUAAUGAGAGGGUCACAUGACAAUGCAGAGUGCAAGGUACCAUUGAAGGACUACAGCACUUUGACCACUGUGGUGCCUUGUGCUCCUCCUGCCUAUGAGAAGAUUGCUACAGUGUCACAACCACCACCGUAUACACCAUAAACCAUUUGCAUCCUGCAUGUUAUCAACACAACUAAAUUGACUUGACAAAUAAUGUAAUCUACCUACUGGCAUUGUCACAAUACAUUACUGAAUUUACAUCAAAUGUUCUGUUUCUGUACUCUUUUGGAAAUACUGGACCGGAGUAGCUAGUAUGGUGGAUUAAAAGGUGCAUAUAAUA